UUCCCUAUUCAUUUUCCCCAUUUUACAGUCUCUCUCUCUCUUCUGUUCUUUCUCUUCUCUCUCCCUGAAGAACAUUGCUUUACAAAUCGACCACCGAAAGAAAGAGAAAUUUACUUUUUACUUGUUGAAAAUUUGUUAAACUGAGAAAGGAAACCCUUUUCUUUAUGGAUUCUCAUCUGGGUUUGUUUCUUCUGUCCGUUGUUCUUGUUUUUGCUUCUGGGUUUUCAAGAAAUCUACCAAUCUUAUCCUUUGAAGAUGGGUAUUCACAUCUUUUUGGAGAUGGAAAUCUAAUGGUUUUAAAGGAUGGGAAAUCAGCUCAUCUCACUCUAGACGAACGGACAGGUUCUGGCUUUGUAUCGCAAGAUAUUUACCGUCAUGGGUUUUUCAGUGCUUCUAUCAAACUUCCGGCAGAUUAUACCGCCGGCGUGGUUGUUGCUUUUUAUAUGUCAAAUGGUGAUAUGUACGAGGAUAAUCACGAUGAAAUAGACUUUGAAUUUCUGGGGAAUAUAAGAGGUAAAAACUGGAGAGUCCAAACUAAUGUUUACGGCAAUGGAAGCACAAGCACAGGUAGAGAAGAAAGAUAUGGACUCUGGUUCGAUCCAUCUGAAGAUUAUCAUGACUACAGCAUUCUUUGGACUGAAAAACAUAUAGUAUUUUAUGUUGAUGAUAUACCCAUAAGAGAAGUAAAAAGAAAUGAAGAAAUGGGCGGAGAUUUCCCAUCAAAGCCGAUGUCUUUAUAUGCAACAAUUUGGGAUGGUUCUUCAUGGGCUACUAAUGGAGGUAAAUACAAAGUGAAUUACAAAUACGCCCCAUUUGUUGCCCGUUUCUCGGAUUUCAUUCUCCAUGGCUGUGCUGUUGAUCCGGCUGAACCGUCUUCAUCGGAAUGUGAUGUAUCUCCUUAUUUCGUUUCACUGGUUAAUGAAGAAAUCACGCCGGAGCAAAUGGAGAAGAUGGGUAGUCUUAGAAAGAAGUAUUUACAGUAUUCUUAUUGUUAUGAUCGAUUCAGGUAUAAGAUUCCAUUGCCGGAAUGUGAGAUUGUUUCUCAGGAAGCUGAUCAUCUUCUCAGGUUUGACCCUGUUACAUUCGGCGGUGAUCAUCACCGUCGUGGAAAAAGACACCGCCGGAGCAAGGGAAUUAGUGCUGUUUGAGUAUGUAUGUCAAUAACAUUAAUAAUUACUGUCUUUACUCUUUUCUUUUGAAGUAUUUGAAUGAUUAAUUUAUGUUCUUUCAUGUCUUAUUUGGAUUCCAAUUUGAUUCUCGGGAUUAUAUGUCUA